GUUCUUCUUGAGGAAGCCAAUUCAGAUCUGGUACUUGUUCUUCUUGAGGAUUCCAAUUCAGAUCUGGUACUUGUUCUUGAGGAAUGAAAUGUAAAUCUAGUUCUUCUUGAGGAGUCCAAUUCAUAUCUUGUUCUUGUUCUUCUUGAGGAAGCCAAUUUAAAUCUGGUUCUUCUUGUUCUUCUGGUUCUUCAAGUUCCCAAUCAUCAUCUUGCCGAGGACUCAUGUUGAGAUCAACACCAAACAUCAUCAUAGUGGGGGCGAUGACACAACCUGAGCUCACUGUGACACAAGAAGAAAGGUAAAUUUCAGCAUUCUAGCUUUCUUGCUGGGGGAGCUACAUCUGCUGCUAGGAAACUGGUUGCUCAAAAUGGGACUCUGAAGGCUAUUUGGCCUCACAGUGGCCACUAUCGCCCCACAGAGGAGAACUUCCAGGAGUUUAAAAGCUUCCUCAAUGACAACUUGGUUGAUCUCACUGAUGCACCUGAAGAAACUGGCUCUCUUCAGACAACUCAAGUCAUUCAAACAACAUCUACAGAGACAGAAAAACGUGAGGAACCAGUGGUGGCGCGCGAGAAGAUCCUUCAGAGGAGAUGGUGGUAGCAGCUGCACCCCUGUGGUAGCAUCAGCAUCUACAGAAGAACCAGUGGUAGCAUCAACAUCAACAUCAACAUCUACAGAUCGUUCAGAGGAUCGACAUCUAUAGAAGAACCUGUGGUAGCAGCUGCACCCCUGUGGCCACGAACCUUGCCGUGGAGAUGCAGGGACACCUUCCCACGCUACAGCAAGGAGGAGAGGAAGAUGGAGCCGCGGCGGAAGAUGGAGCUGCGGCGCCUGAGCCUGGCAGCGGCGGAAGAUGGAAUCGCGGCGCCUGAGCCUGGCAGCGGCGGAAGAUGGAGCCACGGCGCCUGAGCCUGGCAGCGGCGGAAGAUGGAGCCACGGCGCCUGAGCCUGGCAGAGGCAGAAGAUGGAGCCGCGGCGCCUGAUCCUGGCAGCGGCGGAGACGGAGCUCGAUGUGCUGGAGUCACCGGCGCUAUCUUGCUGCCGGAGACGGAGCUCGAGGUACUCGGAGGUGGGGAGCUCGAGGUGCUGGGUGCGGGAGCUCGAGGAGCUGACGCCGGCGACGGGGUCCUAGUGCUAGGGAUGGAGCUCGAGGUUCUGGCCGGCGGGAGAUCGAGGUUCUGGCCGGCGGACGGAGGUUCCGCGCGGUGGAUCGCGACGAGCGGACGGAGAACUGGGUACUGGAUUGUAAUGAUUUCAAAUUUCGGAAGGGCCUUAUUGUAAAAUUGAUUUGUUCACGAUUCCGCCUCCCCUGGAGUCAUCUAUUACCGAACGGAGGGAGUAUUAAAUUGCCAUCCUGGAUAAAACACUCACAUCUGCCAUAUGGGUCUGAGCACGGCAAGAUACUUGACACUAUUUUUGGACUGCACUGGUGGAACCAAAUUCUGUACACGUAUAUGAAAUGUACGCCCAACAACUAUAAGAAGGACGAUCCCCAAAGACUCAAGGUCCUUAAAUGGUCUAUCUUGAUGUUUGCGGAACCUCCGAGACUACGCUCUCAUCAAACAAGGGUCGGAUCAUUGAUCGGGAGUGCAGAGAAUGGAGAUAUUGGCAGUUCUGAAGAAGGAAUUCAUAACUGGAAGACUUUGAGUAAAGUAGGCUUUCGCUAUAAACUGAAGCCAGAAUAUACUCGCUCCAUGUAUGUGCUUGAUAAGCAUACGCAGUAUAAGCUUUUCUGCGAAAAGAAUAAGGAGUUUGUACCUUGGCCUAUUGCUGGGGCCGAUGGGGAGAUUUUGGUGUUCAAAUAUGAUGAAGUGCUGGUUCUACAUAUUAUUAAGAUUCAGCAGGACGCAGCCCUGGGUAGGAUAUGUGAACUUCUUGAGAAGCAGCCGUCUCCAAGAAGCGAUUGGAAGAAUCAUGUACACCCAAAGCUGCGUCGAAAUGUCCCUACCUACCUUAUCUUCAUCCUCACCCGCGGAGAGGAAUUCUCUGUUCGAGUAAGGGUGGCUGCUGGUCUUCUUCUGAAGAACAGCCUACAGAAGGAUUUUGGGAGAAUGGUUAUUGCUUCUCAAGAGUACGUCAAAUCUGAGCUGGUUAGUUGCAUAUGUGAAGUCAAUAAUACACUGAUUCAGUCCACUGCUAGAGCAGUAUCAAUAGCAAUUCUUAAGAUGAUUGGUGCUCCACAAUGGAAAGACUAUUCAAAGCUUUACAAGAUUGUAUGAAGAAUGGUGUUCUAAAUGAGAUGGAAGGUGCCAUGUUGAUGAUGUUAGAGAUUUGUGAGAGAGUUCCUCUACAGCUUGGUUGUAAUAAUCCUGGCCUGUUAGAACGAGCAAUCAAUUAUUUCUUCAGAAGAUGCCUUAAGAUGUUUGAGUCGUCGCAUGCGAGUCUUAGAAAAUUGGCAUUGGACUCUGUUAAUCGCUACAUUAUAGUAUUACCAAUAUUAUUGCGCAUGUACAUUGAUGACCGCUACCUUGAGGGCCUAUCCUACCUUCUUAAGCAAAAUGGGGCUGGAAUGAGAGAAACCAAAUGGAAGGAGAGGGAAGCUGCUGCUAAGUUUAUAGGCUCUAUAGGAGAGGUUCAUAUGCAUGAAGCACAUCCCCGUCUUCCAGAGGUUAUCAAUUUACUGAUUGGACUUCUUAAAGACGAAGCCCGUGCUGUAUCAACUGCUACUUGCAUGAGUCUACAUCAUUAUAGCAAGUUUAUUGUGCAGAGCCUUGGCCAUCCAAAUGGCUGUUUACAAUUUGAGGAUAUCCUAACAACUUUACAUGAAAGGAUAACAGAUAUUGACUAUGAUGUUGCGAGAGCUGCCAUUUCUGCAUUGGCGGUCUUUGAAGAGGAGGCUGCAACCCUUCAAAAGCUUAUUCAUCAGCUUAGCUCUGAGGAGGACCUGUUUCCACUCCUUUGCUGUUUUACAACUGUUGCAAAGAUAGUGUGCCCUGGGUUUUCUGAGCUGGCUUAUCCUGUGCUGCAUGGUUGUUUAAAUGUUAUCAAAUCUCAGUUAUUCGAAGAGGAUUCCUUACGCAAGACACAAAUCAUUUUCAAGUGUUUGCAUGUGCUGUCACUACUUGCACGAGGAGUUUCUGCUGAUAUAGGAGACUUGAUUACACCAAGCUUCUUGAGAGAGAUUCUUGUGCCAUGCUGCGAGUAUGAAGUAGCUCUUGUUCAAGAAGCUGCUCUGGUCUUGGCAGGGGAUCUUUCUGAGGUGAUUCAAAAUGAAGAGGCAGCCGAGGAGUUGCGUGCAAUUGUGGCCCGCUUCAGUCAGGCGGGGCCUGCUCGGUAGCAACAGAGGUGGUGGAGCUGCUCCUGAGAGCUGAUUUUUGGUAGUUUAUGUUUCCUCAAGCCAUCUUGUUUUCUUUCGAUGGGAAAACAGGGACAGGAAUGUACAAAAUUAGGUGGUGUGCCCAUCUGAAUGCAGCCUAAUUAGGAUGUGAUUUUAGUAUUGGGUUGCCUCAGAACGGAAAGAGCUUUAUGAAUGGUUACAAACUACGAAGUUGUUUAUGCUCUCCAGUGCAAAGUGCUACUUACUACCCUGCUUGACAUAUACUUGUACUACUACAAAUCGGUUGUAGAAAUUGCCCCCUCGUAUUGAAUGUUCUUCCCAA